AUUUUUUUUGGGAAAGUAAAUAUUCAAAGUGAAUUUUCUGUGACUUGUCUAUUUACAAACAUUUAGCCAUCAUUUCAGGAAUCAAUCACAGUAUUUGUAGGUUAUAAUUAUUAAAUAAUAAACAAAAAUGGAUAUAUUUCAAGUAAAUGAAGCUGAAACACUCUCUACUAAGAAGGCAGUAGAGUUUUUAAUAGAUGGUACUUUAAGGUUAAAAGUUUGCAGAUAUUGUUUAAAAAUUUGUUCGAAUAUGUGUGAAUUGGAUGAAAUUCUCGAAAUCGGUACUGAGAGUGGCCUACAUGAGGUAAAAAUACGUGAUAUGAUGGCUAGUUUCUAUCCUUACAAGGUGGAAGCCAAUGCUUACUUUCCGAACAAAAUAUGCGAUGAAUGUCUAGACAGUGCCAUGAAGGCGUAUUUAUUCACUCAACAAUGUGAGAGAGCCGAGCGAGCGAUACACAACUGUCUUGAGGACAUACAAGAGAAAUAUGACAAGUUGGAUCCUAUAGAACCAAUAAAAAAACGUGGCAAACGAAAACUCAAUCCAAAUAUAGACACGAUUUACGUUGAAAACGAAAAUGUUAUUGAUUAUGCGAAGCCUGUCAUAAACAUUGUUAAUACUAACUCAAUAUUAGUGCAUGAUGUAGAAAUAAAUGCAUUAGAAUGUCAGAAGUGUUGGCAAAUCCAGCCGAGUCCCCAAGCAUUGGUGGUACAUGAGGAAUCGCAUCCGAAAAACAUGUGGUACAACUGUAAAGCAUGUGGAAAGUCCUUCGUGAAACGUUUCCAUCUAAAACAACACAUAAAAAAGACGCACAAAAUAGGAGGACAUGAAAAAUUACCGACAGAUGCCUUCAAUUGUUCCGAAUGUGGUGAUUAUAGUACAAAUCUUGGAAAACAUUAUCAGCAUAUUGAGAAACAUAAGUUUAAGAUGAUGCUACGAAAUAUAUUAGAUGGGAAAACAGAGAGGCUAUGUGUAUUAUGCCUCGAAGAGGGGACAAAAAUGACAGACUUGAGUGAGAAUAUUGUCCUGCAUGGCGGUUAUCCUGAUUUAAAUGGCGAGUUUGUGAUAAAACAUGUCUUAGCAAGUGUGUUUCAGAAACAUACACUAGUAAAAAAUCAAGCCUACAAGAAUUCUUACACAAAAGAUAUGAAGAAACCUAUAAAAAAGUUGAAAUGCAAUGAAUUUUCUGGUAAAAUUAUCAUACUUCCAAUAGGAAGAAGUGAAAUUGAUAAAGAAGAUGUACAGUGCAAGAUUUGUUGGAUAUUUAGAAAGCCUUGUACAUGUGUGAAAGACAGUUCUAAAAUAAUUUGUAGUUACUGUUGGCUGUUCAAAAAUUUAGACAAAUGUGAAAUUUGCAAAAAAAAAAAAUUGUAA